CUUAAACCUCAUACUCAUAAAUCUCAUCUCAUAGUUAUCUUAAUUACAAUUCAGAAGUAGAAAAAAUAUGAAGAACAAUUCUAUUGAGAAGAAUCAACAACGGCAAUACAACAUUCACAAAGCAUUCCUCUUCUGCAACUACAUACUCUUAUCAGCAUCCUCUAGUUGCAUCUUCCUCACUCUCUCCCUAAACCUCUUCCCUUCAAUCUGCGGCUUCUUCUUGAUUCUCCUCCACGCAUUCACUAUCGCCGGAGCCGUUUCCGCCUCGGCAUCAUCCUCUCUAACCACCAUUACCCGCUGGUACUCCGCACACAUGGUUGUCACUGUUCUAACUGCCAUAUUUCAAGGUUCCGUUUCCGUGCUGGUUUUCACUAGAACAGAUGAUUUUCUUGCUGAGUUGAAAUCUUAUGUGAGGGAAGAAGAUGGUUCGGUUAUACUGAAACUAUGCGGUGGACUUGCUGGUGUUAUAUUCUUGUUGGAGUGGGUUGUUUUGACAUUGGCGUUUUUCUUGAAGUGUUAUUCUGAUGAUGAAGAAGGUGGUGGUGGUAAGGUUCAGAGUGAAGAGGAAUUGAAGGAUUGGCCAUGAAGUUUUCAUGUUUAGUAAAUUGUUCUGUUUAUAAGUUACAACAACGUUGAUUCUUUCAUUUGUUGGAUUUGGAUGUUUGAUUAUAAUUAUUAUUACUACUAUACUAUGUUGUUUUAAUUCUUGAACCUUUGAUGGAUUUUAUGUGCCCUGUGAUUAUUGUGGCAAUACACGGCUUAAUUGUUUUACUAAAUUCUAGAUCUUAAUUUUAAGUUCAUAUAUAUACUAUUGGGAAAAGAAUUUCAGUUU